GAAGCGGAGAAAGAAAGUUGGGUCCAUUUGAGAUCAGCCCGAAACCCGCUAAAACCCUACCGUUUCGUUUUCUUGUUCGAAGCUAUAAACCCUAAACCCCUUCUCUCUCUUUCUCUCUCUCUCUCUCUAUCGAGUGGAAGGCUACAAGCUUUUGGAAAAAAUGAAUUUCAACAAUGUCAAAGUUCCUAAGGUGCCAGGCGGUGGUGCAGUCUCCACUUUGCUUAAGCUUGGUGUUAUUGGUGGGAUUGGUGUGUAUGCAGCUGCUAACAGUCUCUACAAUGUUGAGGGAGGGCAUCGGGCCAUUGUGUUCAACCGUAUUGUUGGUGUCAAAGACAAGGUCUACCCUGAGGGGACACACCUUAUGAUUCCAUGGUUUGAACGCCCUGUCAUUUAUGAUGUUCGAGCACGACCCCAUCUAGUUGAGAGUACUUCUGGGAGUCGUGAUCUCCAAAUGGUUAAGAUUGGACUUCGAGUUCUUACUCGUCCUGUGGCAGGCCAAUUACCUACAAUUUAUCGCGCCCUUGGUGAAAACUAUAAUGAAAGAGUUCUGCCUUCUAUCGUUCAUGAAACAUUGAAAGCUGUGGUUGCACAGUAUAAUGCCAGCCAGCUCAUUACUCAGAGAGAGGCUGUUAGUAGAGAAAUACGGAAGAUUUUGACAGAAAGGGCAGCCAAUUUUAACAUUGCACUUGAUGAUGUGUCCAUUACAAGCCUGACUUUUGGGAAAGAAUUUACUGCUGCAAUUGAAGCUAAACAGGUGGCUGCACAAGAAGCUGAAAGGGCUAAAUUUAUUGUGGAAAAAGCUGAACAAGACAAGAAAAGUGCUAUUAUCAGAGCAGAGGGGGAGGCUACGAGUGCCCAGCUCAUAGGCCAGGCUAUUGCCAACAAUCCUGCAUUUAUCACACUUAGGAAGAUUGAAGCUGCAAGAGAAAUUGCGCAGACAAUCUCAAAUUCAGCCAACAAGGUUUUCCUUAAUUCAGAUGAUUUGCUACUGAACCUUCAAAAGAUGGAGCUGGCGGUUCAUGGGAAGAAGUAGGCAUCUCUUGGUUUUGGAGUCCAGCUCAUGGUAAUUACAGUCGAGUAUUUUUGGAUCAAUUUCAGUUUAUGUACAUCUCCUCGUCGAGCGAUCUUAAAGGCGGAUUCUUUCACAUUGGCUUGGUGUAUUCUGGAUUUUUAAUAAUUUUGAAAUACUUCUCAAUGCAGUUGAAUUCUAAUUGAUACUUUGUUGGGUAUGAAAACCGUAAUCAAAUCAAACCAAGUUAAACCUCCAA